AUGACUUUCACUCUUCGAUCCGUUCUCUUCGCUACCGUCAUGGCUCUAAGUGCAGCGCCUGCAUCUGCAUUGACCAUCAAGCCCUCGUUCGAAAAGAUUGCCCGAGGACGUGAUCCCUCCAAGAACCUUGGACUCCACAAGAGGGAUUACUCCAUCAACAUCCAAGACGGUUCUGCCAGCGCAGCUUGCCCUACUGGAAACUGCUGCUCCCCCAUCUGUAAGAUGGAUGUCAAGUUUGACGAAUGCCCUGGUGGUGUCAAGGAGUACCCUCAGAGUUGCAAGAAGAACUUUGACGACACCAAGGCUUUCGAUAGGGAAAGCUUCACCUACAACUGUGAUGGGUGGUCUAUCUUUUGGGAGGACGGCGCUGUGGAUGGAGGUCGCUUCAUUACUGUUGAGCAGGGCGAUACUGGAAACUUCUACCAGUUCUUUGUUGAGGGUUGCAAGGAUACUGAUCCCAGUUGGGAUCCCUUCCAGUGCUCCUCUCUUGGUGGAGGCUGCACGGCCUCGGCAUCUGGUCUUGGAACCGGCCCAAAGAAGGAGCAGAGCUAG